GCCAAAAGUCGCACGGUUCCUUGUGGAAGCAAGGUACGAGCAUGACAGUGAUCUUCUUCUAUGGUGUGACCUUGUGACUGACCGUGGCAAACCGUAGCUGACGUACGGCAAAUUAGGCCCAAUGUAUAUGUGGAAUACGACUGGCCGGGCGAUUUGUGUUUCCCAUUCUCCGCUAGCAGCUGUCCCGGCCUCCCACCACCCCAUGCUCUCACAUGUUUAUCGGAAACUUCAGGAAAGUGUUAACGUUUGGCGGAAACAGAAAUUGAGUUGCUGAGCCAUCGUCAUCAAUUGUAGAGAAUCCUUGAGAAUGAUCUGGUGUAACAUCAAGUUAAAAUUACUUUACUAGUACCAUCAUUUUUCGGCCACUUAAGGUUAAAGGAAUGGCCGGUAUGUUUUUAUUGGAAGUGGUGUUCAAAGAACGUUUUAGAACUUCUUCGAAAAUUUCACGACUGAUAUCUUUUGACAGUUGUCGAAGACCACACAAUAUUUUGCAUUGUGUAAACAAUAGGAAUCAUUUUAGUGCCCGGGUAUUUUCUCAUAAAGCGGGUCCUGCAUUGCAGAGUGCAAACAGCAAUAAUAAAGAACAACAGAAGUGUCCCAAAAAUUCAGUUUUAUCUGGUUCUCUAACAAAGCCUGGAAAUGUUGACAAAAUAGUAACCAGCUUUUUACCAAACAUCCCUCCAGGACGAAUUGUUCGACAAUGUUUCCAUCCUGGAACAUCUGGUUUGGCCAGAGAUGCCCUUCCACUAAAUGGAAAGCCAGUUAGUGGGUUAAGUAUGCUUAAAGGCAUGCUUUCAUAUAUUUGGCCCAAGGAAGACCCAUCUGUUCGAAAAAGAGUGUGUGUUGCUUUGGGACUUCUUGCUGGGGCAAAAGUUUUAAAUGUAACAGUCCCAUUUACAUUCAAGUAUGCCAUAGAUUAUCUUAAUGUCAAUGCUGCAUCUGGUACUGAAGAAAUGCUAUUAAAUGUUUCCUCUGCAUCAGAUACUGUUACAACUUAUGUUGCUGCAAUACUUAUUGGCUAUGGAUUAGCGCGAGCAGGUGCUGCAGGUUUCAACGAACUAAGAAAUGCUGUUUUUGCAAGUGUGGCUCAACAUUCGAUUCGGCAAAUAGCUCGAAAUGUGUUUCUACAUCUUCACAAACUUGAUUUAGGAUUUCAUUUAAGUCGUCAAACUGGUGCCUUAUCAAAGACCAUUGACAGGGGAAGCCGAGGAAUAAAUUUUGUUCUCACUGCUAUGGUUUUUAACAUUGUGCCAACGAUAUUUGAACUUGCUCUUGUCAGCUCAAUUUUGGGAGUUAAAUGUGGAGCAGCAUUUGCUGGAGUGUCCUUGGGAUGUGUUGGAUUGUAUGCUUUAUUUACAUUAGGAAUAACACAGUGGCGCACCAAAUUCAGAGUGUAUAUGAAUCGGGCUGAAAAUGAAGCAAGUAAUAGAGCUGUGGAUUCACUGAUUAAUUAUGAAACUGUAAAGUACUUCAAUAAUGAAAAAUAUGAAGCUAAUCGCUAUGACCAGGUUCUAAAAAAAUAUGAGGAAGCCUCCUUGAAGACAAGUUCUAGUUUGGCUCUUUUAAAUUUUGGUCAGAAUGCUAUAUUUAGUGGUGCUCUUAGUAUCAUUAUGGUGAUGGCUGCAAAACAGAUUAUGGAGGGAAACAUGACAGUUGGAGACUUGGUAAUGGUGAAUGGCUUACUGUUCCAAUUGUCAAUUCCAUUAGGAUUUUUGGGAUCAGUUUACAGAGAAGUGCGACAAGCAUUGAUUGAUAUGCAAACAAUGUUUACAUUAAUGACAGUUGAUAGCAAGAUAAAGAGUAAACCUACUGCACCACCUCUUUAUUGCACCCCAGAUAAUUCAACUAUAGUGUUUCAAGAUGUACAUUUCCAAUACAUCCCUGGAAAGCCUGUGCUUCAGGGUCUGUCUCUUACUAUACCUGCUGGAAAGAAAGUAGCUAUUGUUGGAGGAUCUGGUUCUGGAAAGACAUCUAUUAUUCGUCUUUUGUAUCGCUUCUUUGAACCUCAAAGAGGAAAUAUAUUGAUUGGCAAUCAGAAUAUAAAGGAUGUUGAUAUUGAAAGCCUUCGGAAAGCAAUAGCUGUAGUUCCCCAGGAUUCUGUGCUAUUCCAUGACACAAUAUUUUAUAAUCUUCGAUAUGGUGACUUUCAGAAAACAGAUAAUGAUGUAUAUGAGGCAGCAAAAAUGGCAGAUUUACAUGAUUCCAUUCAGAAAUGGCCAGAUGCUUAUCAGACACAGGUUGGAGAACGAGGUCUGAAAUUAUCAGGUGGUGAAAAGCAAAGGGUUGCUAUUGCUCGUGCAAUUUUGAAAGGUUCCCCUAUAUUAAUUUUUGAUGAAGCAACAUCGUCACUUGAUUCCAUCACUGAACAUACAAUUUUGGGAGCACUCAAGCGUGCUACAGAAGGCCGUACUUCUAUAUGUAUAGCUCACCGACUAUCAACAAUUCUAGAUGCAGAUGAAAUACUUGUGCUUGAGAAUGGGCAUGUGGUUGAAAGAGGUACACAUGAGCAGCUCUUGAGUAGUCGUAGAAGUAUUUACUCCAAGAUGUGGGAUAUUCAACAGGCAGCACUGAAUACUGGACCUACAGAGAAACCUGCUGUACCUCGGGCAGCUAUCAAUUAAUUCUACAGUAGUGUUGUGCUAUGCAGUGAAAGUGAUGUCCUUGUAAAUAAAUAUGCAGUCUUCUCCUUAAAAAAGAAACAAAGAAAAGAAAGUAGAAGUAACCCAGUGUGUGAAGAAAGUAUGAUUCGUGAUAUAACCAGGAUCUGUACAAAAGGAUAGAAUUACAUAUUCAUUAUGUUCUGCAUUUCUCCCAUACCACAUUAAGACAUCAUCAAUUGGUUUCAUAGUAAAUAGUUGUUUUUGACUGUUCAUUUAUGCUCUUUUCUAUAAAAAUUGUUUUUCUUUCAUGCUUAUAAAUUUUUUUAAUUGUCAGCAGAAGUUAUACGUGCUUGUAUAAUUUUAUUAUUCUUUCUAAUAAACUGUGUGUAUAAGCAAAUGUGAAUUUGAACAAGAUUCCUGAUUGAACACUCAGGUAACCUCUUUGCUUUUGUGUAUUUAGAGAGAGACUUUCAGAAUAUUAUAAUUGGCUCUUAAUGUUUUUCUGUAUUUGUGAAACCACUGGCGAUCUUACAUUUUAUUUCAAGUGAUUACAUUGCAUCACAAAAUGUAUAAAUUUUAUAAAUGAUUUAUUGAUCACGUCGGCAGUAAUGCUGGUCAUUAUAUUUCUUUUGAAGUCACUUUCUGUGGAUCAGAAGUUUUGUAAGUAUAUAAAAAUUGUAAUUAUUCAUUACUGUUGAUCAAGUGUACAAAAUAUUUAUAUACUGCAUUGUACAUAAAAGAUUGUUAAUAAAGUUAAUAGUCGUUUUAAUUUUGUAUGCAUAUUUUUUAGCAAAUCUAUCAUGAACUUUGUAAAUAAAUGCAAUAGGCGGUAAUGCUGAAAGGUUUUUAGCAAUUUCUGUCAAAACUGUGUGCUCUUCCCCUUGUUCUUGUGACAUUUACAUUGCAAAAUUAUGCUUUUGCUCUCUUAUCUGAGUAUUAGAGCAAUGCAGUUUGCAUACCAACCCUUAUGAUAUAGAGAAAUUAAGUUAUCUAUAUAUAGACCCCAAAAUAUUUAAAUUAUAUUUUGUAUUUUAUACCUAUUAUAAUUUUGUGGUUUAUUUUUAAUUUCUCUUUCUCCCACUAUCUCCCCCUCUCUUACCCUUUCUCCAUCCCCUCCCUCCUCCUCCCAACUCUCUCCCUCUUCCUACACUCUCUAGAGUAAAUAUUUUGGGUCAAGACAUACUUGAACGCCUCAAUUGGUAAAUUGCGAAAAUCAGUAUCCUCUCUUUUAUCUUACACUAUUGGUUUAUGAAUAAAAAUUGCCACAAGGAUUUUACAUGUUAUGUCGAUAUUUUUUUCAGUUAUUUACGUUGCAGCUUUAUAUCAAUUCAAUUAUAUUGUAACAAUUAUUUCGUUAUCUGCCGGCGCACCACGAACUGGACGGUUCCGGGUUAUUCGCGAGUCUGGUAGAAAUUUGGAGCAAGUGCCGGAUGUGU